UGGGCCCCGCCUGCUCAUGGCCAGGCCCCGCCCCUCCCGGCUUCUGAGGGGCUGAUUGGCUGCGGGCCAGGGUCUGGUUCCUGGGCGGGGCGCGCGGGAAUAAAUCUAGCUGAGCGCAGGACCAAACUCAGUCUGAACACGGAGCUGUGUCUCCCCACGCACGGUGUCCCCGGAGCCCCGAACUUCCAACCCGGACCCCUGGGCACCCGCUCGCACUACCCCCACCACCACCCCCAUCAUGCACGGCCUCGGGCUCCUGCUGCUCAGUGUGCUGUGGCUGCAGGUGGUCGCCCCCAGGGCCGCUCUGCCCCACGUGGAGCAGUACGAGGUGGUGCGUCCCCGGCGCCUGCCAGGAACCCGCACCCGCCGAGCCCUGCCCUCCCACUUGGGCCUGUACCCAGAGAGUGUGAGCUAUAUCCUGGGGGCCCGAGGGCACAACUUCACCCUGCACCUUCGGAAGAACAGGGACCUGGUGGGCUCAGGCUACACGGAGACCUACAUGGCUGACAAUGGCUCCCAGGUGACCGAGCAGCUGCAGAGGCAGGAUCACUGCUUCUACCAGGGCCACGUGGAGGGGUACCAGCACUCCGCCGCCAGCCUCAGCACCUGUGCUGGUCUCAGGGGCUUCUUCCAGGCCGGCUCCGCCUUCCACCUGAUUGAGCCCCUGGAAGUGGGCGGGGAGGAGGAGCAGCACGCGCUGUACCAGGCAAGGCAUCUGCGGCAGAAGGCUGGCACCUGUGGGGUCAGCGACAGCAGCCUGGAGAGCGCCUUGGGGCCGCGGAUCUCGGCAGCCUUCAGGCCCCGGAACUGGCCACUAUCCCGAGAGACCCGCUACGUGGAGCUGUAUGUGGUCACGGACAGCACAGAGUUCCAGCAGCUGGGGAGCAGAGAAGCUGUGCGCAGGCGGGUGCUGGAGGUGGUGAACCACGUGGACAAGCUUUAUCAAGAACUGAAUUUCCGUGUGGUGCUGGUGGGCCUGGAGAUCUGGAACAGUGGGGACAAGAUUCACAUCAGCUCCCAGGCCAACACCACCCUGGAGAACUUCCUGGCCUGGCGGGCUAGGGAACUGGCAGGGCGCCGCCCCCAUGACAACGCGCAGCUCAUCACAGGGAUUGACUUCACCGGGACCACCGUGGGACUGGCCAAGGUGUCCGCCAUGUGCUUCCAGGACUCUGGGGCUGUGAACCAGGACCACAGCCCGAACCCCAUUGGCGUGGCGAGCACCAUGGCCCACGAGAUGGGCCACAACCUGGGCAUGGACCACGAUGAGAAUGUGCAGGGCUGCUACUGCCCCGUGCCACGGUCCGACGGCGGCUGCAUCAUGGCGGCCAGCAUCGGCUCCAAAUUCCCCAGAAAGUUCAGCCAGUGCAGCCAGACCGACCUGGAGACGUUCGUGGAGAAGCCCAGGACGGCCUGCCUGGUGAACCCCCCGGACCUCAGCCGGCUGGUGGGCGGCCCUGUGUGUGGGAACCGGUUUGUGGAGCACGGAGAACAGUGCGACUGUGGCUCGCCCCAGGACUGCCAGAACCACUGCUGCAACGCCACCACCUGCCUGCUGGCCGAGGGGGCCGAGUGUGCCCACGGCGCCUGCUGCCACGAGUGCAGGGUGAAGCCAGCUGGAGAGCCCUGCCGCCCUGAGAAGGACUUAUGUGACCUCGGGGAGUACUGUGACGGCCAGCAGCCAGCCUGUCCGGAGGACGCCUUCCAGGAGAAUGGCACGCCCUGCCCUGGGGGCUACUGCUACAACGGGAACUGCCCCACACUGGCCCAGAGGUGCCGGGACCUGUGGGGGCCAGGCACUCAGGUUGCCGCGGAGAUGUGCUACACCUACAGCAUCUCCCCAGGCUGCAGGAGCAGGAUCCCCCUGGGCUCUGACAGGGUCAACAUGUGUGGCACUCUGCUCUGCGAGGGCGGGCAGAAGCCCCUGGAGCGAGGUUCCUGCACCAUCUACUCCCGCAUGGGCGCCUGCCAGGCUCUGCACCAGGACGACAGCACUGCCUACGAGCUGGUGCCUGAAGGCGCCAGGUGCGGGGAGGAGAAGGUUUGCUGGAAAGGACUCUGCCGGGACUUUCACGUUUACAGAUCCAGAAACUGCUCUGCCCGGUGCAGCAACCACGGGGUGUGCAAUCACAAGGACCAGUGCCACUGCCACCCAGGCUGGGCCCCACCCUACUGCGCAGAGCUGCUGUCCGAUGUGCGCACAGCAUCCAGCAGCUUCCAGAUGGGCGUGCUGGUGCCUGUGGUGCUCCUGGUGGCUCUGGCACUCACCGUGGCAGGAGUGGUCAUCUAUCGCAAGGGCUGGAGCCCAGUCCGGAAGAGGAAUGUGGCGCCCAAGACGGCCAUGGGGCUCUCCAACCCUCUCUUCCACGAGAGGAACAGCUCACCAGUGAAGGGCAGGGUUACGGCUCCCCCCAAGGGGCCCCCAGAGCCGAUCCUCACAUCCCAUCCCUGCCAACCCCCCAGGCCCACGGCUUCUGUGGUGACCCCUAAACGGCCUCCCCCUGCUCCCCCAGCUGCCAUGUCCAGCCCACUCUGCCCAGUCCCUGUGUACACCCAGCAGGCCCCAGACCAGCCCAGACCUGCUCCUCCCGCCAAGCCCCUGCCAGCGCUGAAGCCCAAACAGGUCAUCAAGCCAACUUGCACGCCCCCAUUGCCACCCGUCAAGCCUGGGGCAGGAGAGGCCAAGCUUGGACCCAGUCAGGGAGCUGUUGGCCCAAAGGUUGCUCUGAAACCUCUCAUCCAGAGGAGGUGAUGGGGCCCGAGCUCAAAGCACCUGGGGGCAUCUGUGCACCAGUCUGGACGUUGCCUGUGGUUCACGGGACCUUGCCACCCGCACGGCAGAUGCAGCCCCCUGGCCCCAGGCCCUCUGUGCUCCUGCGUCCACUGUGAGAAGUCCUAAGAGAAGCGCCAUCUCCUCGUGGCCACGGUCACUCUUCGGCAUCCCAGGGUCACAGCCAAGGGCCUCUCCCCCUGGCCUCGGGAAUGGGUCAUCUAUGCUCUUUCCUGGGGCCAGUCCAGUCCCUCCUCACCCACGUGUCUCCAGACAGCCACUGGGGUCUUGUCUGGGUCUUUGAAACCUCAGGUGCACAUUCAGCAGGGCUGAAAGCGUUGAAUUUUUUUGUAUUUUAUGAUUAAGUUCUUGAUCAAGUUCUAAAUGAGGGGAGAUUUUUACUAGGUCAGUGGAAAAUAGUAAGCCGAAACAAUGUGGAAUUUAUAAGAUUGAAGGGUCUAACGCUUAUUAAAAUAAAACGUCUACUGUAAAUGAAUAAAGUCAAACUUUUCCCCUGC